UAAAGAUAUGCGCUUUGGACUCAGUUUUGCUUCAUAAUUACUUUAUGCGGACGGUAAGCUUCACUAUUUCAGAGGUUUCAACUGAGCAAUAAAAUUCAUAUUUAUCGAACUAUGUCGAAGCAAAAGGAUAUGGAGCUAUCUCUUAUAACAAGUUCAGUUUUGGAUAAUCUGGGGUUCAGUAAGAAACAAAUUAUGCUGAGAUCAAUAUAUACUGAUGAACGUUUCAAAUCUUUUCGAUUUCAUCCCAGCAUUACGGUGGUAGUAGCUGGUAGCACAGGUGAAGGUGUUCCGCUAGCCGACAGUGAUAUUGACAUAAUGAGUGUAUUGGGGGAAGUCAUUUGUGUUGAUUGAGGGUUUGAUAAUCAUGGUGAAUUUAUCAUUCUAGGAACUGAUUAUGAUAAAACGGCACCAGGUUACACUAAAGUAGUGUCAGUAUCAAUACCAGAUGUUCUAAUUUUUUCACCUCUAUUCCAUGCAAUCUCUGUGUAUGAUACCCUCAGAAAAAGAAACUUCUUAUCGAGUGAGAAAAUGAGGUAUUUCACUGGACAUAAUCCUUUACUCCAUAACGUCCGCCAAAGAAAUCGCUUUAAAUCUGCUGAAAAUGGACCUUCUGUGACUCUUACGUAUUCGACUUCAUUGCAUAGUGACUUUGUAUAUUCUUUUUACUAUUAUGGAGGCAACUACUUAGAGAAGUGGAAAAGCAGGAAUAGGAUCAACAAAUGGCCUUCCAAUGAGAUUGUGAAUGAAGUUUCUGGAAUGGAAGGAUAUAUUGUUCCUAUCGGUGACAAGCAAAGCGAUAUGCAAACAUUGGAAUGGAGGAUAUGUUACACUACAGCGGAAAAGAAAUUGGUGUCAAGUUUUUCUGAUACCCAGUUUAAGGCAUAUGUAUUACUUAAGGUAAUGGCUAAAUCACUUUUAAAGCCUAAGUGUAAAUUUCUUACUUCAUAUAUUGUAAAGAACGUCAUUUUCUGGGUAAUGGAAACAACAAAUGUUUGUGAAUUAACACCAAGUCACUUAGUAUUUCUGAUUCAGAAAUGUCUCUUUUUCAUUAAGCAUUGCAUACUUAACAAUCAUCUACCAAACUACAUGAUACCUGAGAGAAAUCUGUUAAAAUGUAUUGCCGGUGGUGAAGAUAAAGACAGUAUAGUAAAUUUCCUUUCAGGUUGUCUAGAAGAUGGUGGCAGUAUUAUUCUAAAAAUUCCUAAAUUAUACUGUUGUAUUUCAAUAAAAAUAACUGAGCCACAUAUUUUGUCAAUGUUUGGAAGCUGGAGGGAUAAAGUCGAACAUUAUUGCCUUAUGUGUGACAUCAUCACAGCAUCGUCUAUUAAUUCUGAUUUGACAUUGCAAAUAGGUCUUGACGGUGGCACUAGAGAUUAUGUAAAACGAAUUUUGAAGGAUUCUAGAACGAAAUUGAAUAUUUUUUUCCAUGCAAUGCCAGAUUUUGUGUCUUUAUUGUUGGCUGGAAAAUCCCAUAAAUACAUAGAUGAACUUUACCGAAAAAGAAUUAAACUCUUGUACAUUUUAUAAUGUAGAAACAAAUAAUCUAUGUUACAUAGAGUCAUGUAACACGUGACCAGGGAUUAUAAAGUUUAUUCCUCUUAUGUCAUACCAAUACAGAAUUGCUUGUAGACCCCGUUUGGAACGUAACAAAUUUUCAUGAUAGUCUUUUUAUCAAGUUGCAGUCUUUUUAUCUAGUU